AUGACUGACCUCGACUUCGCUGAUGAUAUUGGCCUCGUAUCUGACACAGCAGAAAAAGCGCGGGUGCUGUUUCUUGCAGUAGAAUCUGAGUGCAUGAACAUCGGCCUCCACAUUAAUGCCAAAAAGACAAAGGUGCUAGCCUUCAACAUUGAGGACACAACAGUCGCCACUGAGAAGGAGCUGAAGGUCAGGAGGUCUCUGGCAUGGAGUGCGGCCCACUCAAUGAGGAAAGUGUGGAAAGCCCAGCUCAAUGACGACCUCAAGAGGCGACUCUUUGUAGCGAUGGUCGAGUCUGUACUGCUUUACGGAGCUGAAUCGUGGACCCUUACUGUAAAGCAGGAGAAAUCGCUUGAUGGCGUCUACACGAGGAUGUUGCGCAUGGCUCUGAAUGUCUCCUGGAAAGACCACAUCAGCAACAUCGACCUUUAUGGAGGCCUUCCACACAUCUCAGACAAGAUCAGGGAGAGGGGGAUGGCUCUGUAUCUGGCAGGCCAUUACAUCCGCCACCCAGAGCUAGCAGUCCACAACACCAUCCUGUGGGAGCCGACUCAUGGAACUGCAAGGAGGGGGCGGAGACGAGCCACGUACAUCGACACGGUUGGUCUCAGUGACACAGGGGAGCUGAGGACCCUAAUGCUGAAUAGGGAUGAGUGCAGGGCGGCGACCAAGUCCCGAGUUGGUGUAGGCUAG